AUGUCCGUUGACGUCACUGACAAAUCAACAGCGAGAGCCUAUUAUUCUCGACCACUGACAGAACAGCUUUACACUUACUUCAGAAUCAGAAGUUUCGAAGCCUCGAAAGGGAUCGACUUCAAGCUAAAUCCAGAAGAGCACUUUAAGGUUCACUUCCAGUCGGAUUAUCUUCAGCAUACGCCCUUCUGCUACACCAUCAAGGUCUUCAACCGCAACGGUGAAGUUUUCCGUCCCAAAGUGCGAAUUUUCCUGGCUCCGAAAUUUGACAGUGUCGGCCGGAGGUUCAACCUGGCCCGGUCGGUUACAUUACAAGACUCCAGUGAGAGCAGCAUCUUCAGCCUUGACACUCAAGAUGUGUAUUUCGCCCCGCAAAAGAACGAAAUCUAUGGCGCUGUAGACGGGAGAACGUCUGGCUGCAGCUGGCCAGAGAAUCUCCAGCUGCCUCGGGGUAAGCCAGAUGGCAUGAAUUUCCUUCUUUUCGUGAUGGUGACUGAUGCCUCGUUGGACACGCCACUUAGCCAAAUGCACGGCUGCACAGAUCCAGGGAACUAUUACUUGUCGCCCGGCUCGUGUAUAGCUCCCCUCCUCUCAAGGACGUCCCCCAUGCAGUUUCUGCGGCCUCCCCAGUGGCAAGUACCCCGACCAGUGGCCCAUGGGAUAUCCUCUGGACAGGAAGAGUGGCCACGAGACGAUCGAAGCCUUCGUGGACGAAUACUCGAACAUGAGACUACAGGUACUCGUCAUUAUGUUAGAUAAGGACACAGGUACUCGUCAUUAUGUUAGAUAAGGACACAAGUCUCGUGAGGAAAAAUGACAUGGUUGAAUGCCUUCGCUUUAGGUGUCGAGUCAGUCAGUCUGUCUAUCUGUAUAAAUAUCCUGAGUCCUUUCUAAUGUUAAAAGAAAAAAAAUAUAUUGGUAAUUCCGUUAUUGUUUUUAAAAAAUCAUACAAGUUCUCAUACGGCACAUCCAUUCAAACAUGGAUCCGGGAAAAAAAAGAAAAAUGCAACCCCUCAGAUGCAUAAUCUGCGCAUCUGAAGACAAUGUUUUUGAAUGGUGCGAAAAAGUAUAGAUUUUUUCUUUUUUGUCCUGCUAAAAGUACCCGGCAAUCGAUAGGCCGGCAGACGGCAAAUUUUCGCUGGGUGCCGGCUACUUUUGAACACCCUGCACUAUGGAAAACCACUUCUACCAAAUACUGUUUACUUGUAACUGGAAAAAUAUUAAAAUUUGGGCCAAAAAGAGGAAACCUGAACAUCAUGGGUGUAAUGAAGCUCUUCCUCUAGCACAAGAACCAUCUGAAUAGCAGAAUCUAGAUUUGAAAUAUUUUAUUGAUCUCACUAAAAGGCUUGAUGCAAUGAAAAAACUCACACAAUAAAUAUGAAGUCGAAUUGAGACCUUAGUUGUGAAAGAUUAUGCCCAAUUAAAUGUUCGAUCUACAAAACAACAGCAAGCUAAACAUCAUAGUAAUACCAGUACAAAUUAGUCUUAUCUACUUCACGACCAAAGAAGGAUACAAACAAAAUAUAUCUCAAUUACAUCAUUUUAUCUUAGUUCUUCCAUUUAAAUACAUAUUCCUUUUUCUUGAAAACAAAUGCUUCUUUAUAAAAUUUCAUCACACACCUGAUUAAUUAUUCUCAGUACUGCCUAAAUAUCUUUCAUCAAUUUUUUUUUUCAAUAUUAAAAUUAUAUGUAAAUCUCAAUGACUCUUGAAUAUACAGAAAAAAUGGAAGUAAAAAUAUGAAUAUACCGUCUAUAUGUGUAAACACUAUA